CAUCUGUGACAAACGGCUGAGAACUGACAGAGAAACGACACUUUUAAAAUCACCCUCGUCUUCAUCAUUAAACGUUUUAACAUGGGAGUGAAUGAGAGGUUUGAGCAGAACUCUCUGUGCUUUUAGGUGAUUUUAAGAAAAACUACAAGUCAUAUGAAAGUGAGACAGCAUAUGAAAGUGAGACAGCAACGUGUCUGUGUGGGUUAGAAACUGUGGGCAGGAGAAGAGUUUGUUUAGAGGUUUUUGUCAUUUUCAUGUGCCACUCUAGCGACGCAAUACACACUCAUUAUAAAAUCUCAACACAAAGUACAAAAGUUAAACUGCGAUUGUUUAAAAAACCUAAUGUUUAUCAAAACUUUGAUUUAGGUGAAAAAGUCUCAAGUCACAACACCAAGUCACACUGUGACACAGUGGGCUGUGUUCUUCCACUCUUUCACAUUCAUGUGUAUGUGGAACUUUUUUGCAGUUUUUUUUGCAAUUUUUGUCGCCAUGGUGACUCGAAACGCUUAGAAAAGUCUUAGCACACCAUUCCUGAUCAAACCGCACGAGGAAGAGAAGGAAGAAGAGGAAGUCUGUUGUCACUGGGUAAAUGUGUUACUGUCUCUUUAAAUGAGCCUCAGUCAAAGUGAAAGUACACAGUUAUUUGUGUUACUGCACUUUCCUGACACACAUUUUGUCUGUCCUGUCCUCGUCUCGUCCUCGGCAUGUCUCACUCUGAUCUGUGUCUGGAGGCUCUGUCCGCGCUGUCCUCGUGUCACGUGGUGUCCACCUCUGGACCGUCACUCUUCACUCCACAGGACUUUGUCAACGUCGUGGCCCUGAAGGAGUUUUACAAGCAGGAGGGUUUUAAAGAGCUGGAGUAUCCGGGCCUGGGCACCAUGAGCCUGGACCAGGACCUGGACCAGGACCUGGACCUGUACAGCCCCCCACCAGCACUGUGUGAAAGUCCUGGACCACAAGAGAGUCUCCACAAAACUGUCAAGAUCAACUUUAAAGAAUUCUUUCACCCAAACUACGACUAUGACUUCACCAACAUCAGGGACGGAGACAGAGAGUUCCUGCGUGGCAACGAGCGCUACGUCCGUCCCUGCGGGUGGAGACGCGUCGCCCUGCGAGUGGUGCAGAUGUACGACAACGACAGCUGGCUGGGGAUGGGUAAAGAGGCGUGGCCCGUGUCUUACCACGCCCACAACAUGGACGGGUCCCUCGGCGUCAUCCUGACCCACGGUGGGAAUCCUGACCACCAGCCGGAGUUCCUGGAAUUGGCGGCAGCUGCGCUUCAGCAAGGCGGGAACACGCAGGGCAGAGGCGUGUACUCCACGCCCGACAUCAAGAUGGCCGACAAAUACUGCAAGACAUUCAAGUCUAAAGUGGACGGGAACACGUACAAGGUGGUCCUUCAGAACCGCAUCAACCCGGAGAAGAGGAUCUGCUGUCAGAGAGACGACGUGUGGUUGGUCUACGUCCCUGAAGGUUCUAACUCCGUCCAGACCAGGGUCCUUGUCCAGGACUCACUGAGACCGUACGGCCUGCUCCUGAAACAGCUGUAGAGACAGGACACGCCCACUCAUCAAACAACUUCCUGUUUGUUUUCUGAUGAAUGAGGAACUUCCUGUGAUGAAUGCAAGUAGGUUUAAUAAAAACAGGAAAUAACUCAG